AUGCCACCACCACAUCUGGUCUUUAACUCUGUCCUCUGGGCCAGCAGUGAGAGGCGACCUACUCCACUUGUCAACUCGCAAUUAUAUCUCGGCGUCCUGGAUCCUUCUGUGGACAGCGACAAGUCCUUGAUGAUACUGGGGAUCCCAGAGGACUGUAGCCACCAAGAAUUUGAAGACAUCCUAAGGGGCCCCCUCAAACCGCUGGGCAAGUUCAAAGUAGCUGGGAAGGCGUUUCUGGAGGAGGACAGAUCCAAGGCAGCUCUCGUUAGGUUGGCAGAGGACCUCAAUCAUGAGGUCCCCAAGGAGAUCAAGGGCAAGGGCGGUUUGUAGAGAGUGGUCCUCAUGCCCAAAUAGCAAGACAGAUUCCUCACCAAGCUCAGUUUGUUCCUGCGGAGAGAGGGCGGGAAGGUAGAGGACGUGGCCGCAUCCUCAGGCAGGAGUUGUGUCUCUCGGAGAGCUCCCUCCCUCCCGGAACUGCUGCCUGUCUGCAGGCAGGGAGAUUUCGGACAAGGCCGAGGGGCCACCGCCAAGGGCGAUAAGGUGCCCCUUGUGGAAGACCCAGAGAAGGAGAGCAAGGCUGAAGAAGGCAAGAAGGUCAGGAAGAAAAGCAAGAAAAACGGACGCCGACAGCAGGCUUCUUUGAAUGAAGCUGGAUGA